AUGGAGAAAACACUUAAUCCUGGGGCUGUUUCCAUGAGUUGUCGUGCCAGACGCUACUCACUGGAGCAACGGGAUGUUUGGUUGCAGCAUAUACAGGAGCUGCUGGAUGCAGGACUCUGUUAUCAAAACCCGAAAGUCGAUGGUGUUCGUUACCUUAUAUUGCCAUUUCAAAUUGCAAUGGCGGAACUUUGUCAAGGGAUCGAUUGGAUUCUUAUUAAAAAAGGUGUGGUGACACCUACUCGCAUUUUGAUGGGUGGAAUCAACAGAGUUGCUGAUGUCCAAGCGACGGUGCAGGCCAUGUUUGAGGCUGUGUUCAACAAGGGUUUGCUUAUAUUGAUUGACGACCUCUUGGGACGAAACUAG